CACCUUGAAAGAUGUGUCGAGAAGAAUUUCGUUUGCGAAACUUUAAAUUAUGGCACCCGAUCCUGCGAGAUUUUACACAUGCCCGGUGGCUGUCCUUGCCCUUUUUCCUUGCCUACCGUUUGGUUGUCUCUGGUUACAAUUUCGCCUGGCUUCUCUACAACAUUUACCUCUACCGGGCUAAGCUGUUCAUUUUCCUGACAAACUGGACUUACCUCAUCCUCAACCUGUUUUUCCUGCAAGCCACAUCACUCUCCCUUUGCGCUUUUUGUAACGAAUACCGAAAUAGCCGUGGAACUCACCCCAAUACUAACGACAAACCAGAGUCGAGCGUCGCGGUCGAGAUGGGAUCUGGUGACGACAAACCCGAAAGUAGUGAAACCGCGACUGAAGUAGCUCACGAUGAAGAUGCUCUGCGGUUUCAUCACAAAUUUUUUUGGCUUCUUUACAUCAUCAGUGCCAACGCAGGUUUAUUAGUGACCGUAGGGUACUGGACAGUGUUGUAUGAAGAAGACGAACCAGUCGACCUGAACAAUAUAACCAAGCACGCCCUCAAUUCCGCGUUCAUGGUGAUUGACACAUUCCUUAGCUCGAUCCCAGUACGCCUCUUCCAUUUUAUAUACGCCCUGGUUUAUAUCGUCGUAUACCUGGCCUUUACUGUGGUUUAUUGGCAGCUGGGCGGCACUAACACCCAAGGGCAGCCUUAUAUCUACAAACUACUUGAUUACAACAACUUCGAAGCGUCCACUGGCUGCCUGGUAGCUUUUUUUCUUCUCCUUGUUUUGCCAGUUUUACAGCUGAUGUUGUUUGGUCUCGUCAAGUUGAGAGAUUGCCUUCGAGGAACACAACAAAAUGACUAAAUCUCUCCUUACAUUUCUUCUCUUGAAAAGGAAUUUGA